GCGUGGCGGAGAGCUGGGUGGCUCCGACAGCCGGCCCGGGCGAGGCGAAGGGGCGCACGCAUGUUCCCAGCGAGCACGGUGCCCUCCUGCCCGCAUCCUUACCCGGCCGCCGCCAAGGCCCGGCAUGGCUGGCGACUGGGCGCCGGGGACUGCCGGGCCGCUCCGCCCUCCUUCCUCCCGGGCUGCCGGCAGCUCACGGCCGCCGACUACCUCGACAGCUACCGGCGGGCGCAGCUCGCGGCCCUGCUGUCGCGGGCGGGCCCCCGGGCGGUGAGCAGCCGCGACGCCGCCGUGCAGGUGAACCCGCGCCGCGACGCCUCGGUGCAGUGCUCGCUCGGGCGCCGCACGCUGCAGCACGGACGGCGCCGGCCCCGGCCCGCCCCCGACGCCCAGCCCGCUCCCCGCCGGCCGCGCAGCCCCGCCGGCGCCGCCAGGCCCGCGCGCUCCUGGCGCCCCGUCGCCGUGUACUCGCCGCUGGGCUUCCCCUCGCUGGAGGUCGCGGGGGGCGGGCAGACGCCCACGAAGGGGGGAGGGGAGCCGAGGCCGGCGCCCGCGGGGACCCCGGAGCCGGAGCCCGGAGGGGUGGAGGAGGAGGAGGAGGAGGCGGUCCCCCAGCCGCGCUCCGGAGAGCACGACGUCCUGGCCGACGCGCAGGCGGGGCCGGAGCAGCCGCCGCGGGAGGACCCGGGCAGCGAGGAGGCGGCGGCGAAGCAGCCCGGGGCCCGGCGUCCCGAGCCGCGUCCUGCCGCGGAGACGGCCCGGGACCCCGGCGAGCCGGCCGCCGACGGGGCCUCGCCGCAGAGCCCCGAGCAGGACAGGGAGCGCCUCCGCUUUCAGUUCCUAGAGCAGAAGUAUGGCUACUAUCACUGCAAGGACUGCAACAUCCGGUGGGAGAGCGCCUACGUGUGGUGCGUGCAGGGGACCAACAAGGUGUACUUCAAACAGUUCUGCCGGGAGUGUCAGAAAUCCUACAACCCCUACCGCGUGGAGGACGUCACCUGCCAAAGUUGUAAACAGACUAGAUGUACCUGCCCAGUCAGACUUCGCCUUCGCCACGUGGACCCCAAACGCCCCCAUCGUCAAGACCUGUGUGGGAGAUGCAAGGACAAACGCCUGUCCUGUGAUAACACCUUCAGCUUCAAAUACAUCAUUUAGUCAGAACCCGCUCCUGCUAGAUAGGGUCGGUGGAGCGGACCUGUGAGCACUCUCCAACGCCCCUCCCCUCCCCCUUUCUCAAAACACUUCACGAAAAGGCAUCGUGCUUUGAUAAAGCUUGUGAAUAAAAGGUCUUGCAAAGAG